AUGGGUAUAUGUUUUGGGAUUUUAGAAGAAGAUAAAUAGGAAGACAAUAUAAGGAAUGCUAGUCCAAUACAAGAUUAAGCAUCUGAGGGAAAAAAGGAAGAGGAAAUAACUUACUAACUUGAAAAUUUCACAUUUAACAAAGUAGUAUUUGUUGCAGGAGCAUUAUGGAAAGUCUUAUUAGCAGAACCCAUCAUAAAGAAGUGGUAUUUUCCAAUAAAUAAAUAUUGA